CAGUGUGGUGGGUGGGGGGAGGAGAGGAAGCCGCGCAGAGGCGCUGCCAGAAGUGGAACGGAGGCUCCGGGCAAGAUGUGGAAAUCUGUGGCGGGCCACAACGUGUCUGCAAAGGUGGAGGCCCAGGGAGACGAUUGGGACACCGACCCGGAUUUUGUGAAUGACAUUUCGGAGAAGGAGCAGCGGUGGGGCGCUAAGACUAUUGAAGGCUCCGGCCGUGCAGAACACAUCAACAUCCACCAGCUCAGAAGCAAGGUAUCUGAGGAACAUGAAGUUCUCAAGAAGAAGGAGCUGGAGACAGCACCCAAAGCUUCCUAUGGCUACGGGGGCAAGUUUGGAACUGAGAAAGACCGUAUGGACAAGAGUGCCCUGGGCCAUGAGUAUGUUGCCGAGGUCGGCAUGCACUCUUCCCAGACGGACGCAGCCAAGGGCUUCGGUGGAAAGUACGGCGUUCAGAAGGACCGAGCAGAUAAGUCUGCGCUUGGGUUUGACUACAAGGGAGAGGUAGAAAUACACACCUCCCAAAAAGACUAUGCCGUUGGAUUUGGCGGGAAGUACGGCGUCCAGAAGGACCGUCAAGACAAGUCCGCCCUGGGCUGGUCCCACAAGGAGGAGGUCAAGCCCCAUGAAUCCCAAACAGACCAUGCCGUUGGAUUUGGAGGGAAGUACGGCAUCCAGAAGGACCGUCAAGACAAGUCUGCCCUUGGAUGGGCCCACAAGGAGGAGGUCAAGCCCCAUGAAUCCCAGACAGACCACGCCGUUGGAUUUGGUGGGAAGUACGGCGUUCAGAAGGACCGCCAAGAUAAGUCUGCCCUGGGCUGGUCCCACAAGGAGGAGGUCAAGCCCCAUGAAUCUCAAACAGACCAUGCCGUUGGAUUUGGUGGGAAGUACGGUGUUCAGAAGGACCGCCAAGACAAAUCUGCCCUUGGAUGGGCCCACAAGGAGGAGGUCAAGCCCCAUGAAUCCCAGACAGACCAUUCUCAAGGCUUUGGAGGCCGUUACGGGGUGCAGAAAGACAGAGUGGACAAGAGCGCUGCUGGUUUUGGUGAAAUGGAAGCUCCCAUUUCUUCAUAUCAGAAGACAAAACCUGUAGAAGCUGCUUCUGCUGGGAUGGGGAACUUGAGGCAACGUUUUGAAAACAUGGCCAAGACUGCAGAGGAAGAGAACAAGAAGAAGGCAGAGGAGGAACGGACUCGUCGCCAAGCCCGAGAACUUCAGGAAACCCAACAAAAGUCAAAGGACAUGAAGAAGAGCGAAGAGAGAGAUCGAAGCCCUCCGUCGGUGCCUGGACAGAUGCCCCGAAAGGGCAACCUGCCCCCUCUGCCUCCCCAACACCAGGAAGAAGAGGAAGAGGAAGAGGAAGAGCCUCCUGUUCUUCCCCCACGGAACCUGGACAUGGAAGGUGACCCCAGAGAGCCUCCUCUCCCACCUUCUGGCCACCUGAAACAGGAGCAGCCCAUCUAUACGGAAAGCAUCGAGGAUGGAGGUGAUUAUGAGGAGCUGAUUGGGAACAUGGACUAUGAGGAACCCCCUCCUCUCUUAGCUGACUAUGACCAGCUGGGGGAUUAUGAGGAAAUGCCGGACCACAAGGAGGUCUCCAAAGAUGAUGGUGCUGAAGAGGACCAGGAGUAUGAGGAGCUCUGCAGCGGCCACCCUGGAGGAAUGGCUUCUUCAGGUGUCGAAGAGCAUGUAUACGAUGUGAGUGAAGGAAGCCUAUCUGCUCAGGCCCUCUAUGACUAUCAAGGAGAGGGGGAUGAUGAGAUCUCCUUUGACCCUGGAGACACCAUCACGUCCAUCGAACAAGUGGAUGAAGGCUGGUGGCGUGGAUCUUGCCGUGGUAGAGUUGGCCUCUUCCCCGCUAACUACGUGAAGCUCCUUCCAUGAAGUUCUGCCCAGUGGUGGUCACCCAUCCCUCGCUUUUCCAGUACCCUUACUUGCUGCGUGACCCAACAGGCCAGAACCCUGCCCCCGAGGUAGGGGAAGCGGAGAAGACCUGCCUCCUCUUGCAUGGACCAAUCAGAUGCUUCUCCUUCUUACAGCAAUUGUACAUUGCCAGGAUCUGUCCUCCUGUUCUUCUGGUCACGCGGUGAUCUCUGAACCUAUUCAGGCUGCAACUGGUUUCUUUCAUCUCCAUCAGUGGGUCCUCAAAAUCUCCCCAUGCCCCAAUCUUUCUGGGACUCCUAAUUCUAUCUUGGCCAAAUCACGGGCAUGGAAGCUCCAUGGGCUUCGAAGGAUGGAGAUUAGCUCUGUUCCUACAGGUGGUCCUUUACUUACAACCUUUCGUUGAGCAACCGAAGUUGCAACGGCACUGAAAAAAAGUGACGAUCCUUGUGCCUCUGACUAUCACAGUUUCCCCACAGCUGCUGCUCUUCUGCUUUUGAGCAGGUGCCCCCAAAUACUGUAUUUUUCAGAGUAUAAGACGCACCCCCCCA